GCGGAGCUGCCGGGGCUGCGCGGCGCGUCCCGGUUCCCCGCCCGCUCCCCGCUGGGUCCUCUGCGCCCGCCGGCCGCUGGCUGCCGGCUGGAGUCCGCCGCCCGCACCCCGGCGUCCGGGGAGGACGCGGAGGAGCCAUGAGCCGCAGGGCUGGGAGGGUGGCGGCGCUGCUGCUCGGGCUGCUCCUGGAGUGCACAGAAGCCAAAAAGCAUUGCUGGUAUUUUGAAGGACUCUAUCCAACAUACUACAUAUGCCGCUCCUACGAGGACUGCUGCGGUGCCCGGUGCUGCGUGCGGGCCCUGUCCAUACAGCGGCUGUGGUACUUCUGGUUCCUCCUGAUGAUGGGCGUGCUCUUCUGCUGUGGAGCUGGCUUCUUCAUCCGGAGGCGCAUGUACCCACCGCCGCUGAUCGAGGAGCCCAACUUCAACGUGUCCUACACCAGGCAGCCCCCCAACCCUGCCCCAGGGGAGCCCAGGCCCCGGAGGGCUGAGCAGGCACCACGCAGGAGAGCUCUGGUCUUCGGGGCAGGUGCUCUGUCAGGUCCUCUAACAGCUCUUACUGUGUUGGGCUUUGGUCCUUCACGUAUGCCCUGGGCGCUUCCACCAGGACUCAUGUCUCUCGCACCAAGCAGCUGCCUGGCCAUGUCCUCGGGCCAUGUGAAGGGCGGGUGCCCAUGGUUUGCAGCUUGGUAAGCCUGGGUUGGGGUACAUUGUGGCCACACUCGGAGCCUGAAGCCUGGGCCCGCCUGAAGUGUCCUCUUGGCCCAUAUUACUGCACACCUGCUCAGGCACCUGGAGAAGCUGAGGACACCAGUGCACAGCCUGGAUCCAGCCCUCACUGGACUGUGUGCCCUGCACUGCUUGUAUACCACGGGUAGCCCUGGGCACUUGCACAAAUAGCUACAUAGUUACCAUUAUGGAGCUAUGGAGAAAAGUCCAGAAAAGAACCAUGUAAGUGGGAAACUGCAUCUGGUGCACAGACCCAAGAGAGCAUGAAAGGGCUCUUUGGACUGGAGAGUGAGGCUGGUUUGUGAGGCAGGGAAGGGGUGGAGGCUGCCAGCUGCCAGGUGAGGCCCAUGGUCUUGCUUUCCCAUCAGUUGCCCAGAGACUCCUGAGCUACAGAGCCCUACACGGCUGCCGUCGGUCCCAGCAGCCCCAGUGCUGGGUCAGUUCUGAAGGUGAUUUAAGCGUAAGAACGGAGGGGAGGAGGGUCACCAACCAGAAAACGUUGAGUACCUCUAGAAGAACGAGUGGGGAUUUUGCCGGGGGCAGUGCGCAGCCUCUCGUGCAUGUCGUGGAGGGUGGACAGCCGGAUGCACCAUCAGAGAGUGGGGAAGAAGCAACCAGCUCCACGUCGCAGUGUCCAUGGAAGCAUUCUGAAAAGCGGGAGCUAUGGAUUUUCCAGGACCACCAGUGAUGCAGAUGGCAUCAGAGCUGAUUGGAGAAGCCAGGCCAACGCCUGGGGAAGACGCUGACCUGGCCCCGCUCUCUGCAGCAACUGCCGCUCGCCACAGGCGCGUCAUCUUCUCUGACCAAAAUGCAGACUUGAUUUGCCUUGCCCUUCCACUUUAUACUUCUGACAGGCCCGUGACAGUGUGAAAUGGGAGAUCCCUAAAUAUGCCAGAGUUGUCAUGAAGACGGAAACUCACGGGAGUGUGCAGUUUCCCUAAUUCACUGCAACAUCAAGGGCUGUUAUCAUUUGUUAAUAGCAGUAAGCUUGGGAAGAAUUUAACUGCUUUGAUUUGACUCAAAUCAAAUAGUAAUGUCAUAUUGAGACAUAGUAAACAUUGAAAAUAAAAAGAGGGCCUGUUGUUUUCUGCAUGCUUCUGGGCUGGACACCCUGCUCAUUCCAAGGAUGGGGAUUAUCCCCACUACAGCCGAGUGCUGAGGUCCCCUGGCAUCUGGGACUUGGCAGUCCUUGGGAGUGUGGGAUCCGGAGGCUGGUAGGGCUCUGCAAACUAGAGGAGAGAAACCAGGUGCACGGGCCUCCUACAGUGGCCAUGGGUGUAUAUCACACCUGGAGAUCUGGUCAGUGUGGGAAAUACAGGUGUCUGCAUAAGUCAACGGUGGUCAUUUGUGAACUUCUUGGGGGCCUCCACUUUUCUUCUGCUGGUCUGAGUGAGAGGAAGUGAAUUCUGUGCCUGUCAAUGCAGAAGAAAAGGAAGAAGGUUUUAAGAAACCAAAACUCACCCACUGGGGGCAGGGAGAAGGCGGCAGCUCAUACUCUGGGGUGCAGAUGGGCUUGUAGUCCUGCUGGGACCAGUAUUCAAGUCCAUUGUCACUGGUAAGUGCUGAAAAGAAUCAGAAAAUUAGCACAUUGCAAAGAUACUCCUAAUUGGGGAAGGUGGAAUGUGGCAGCAUUGUGGUUGGGGACGGGGUAAGUGUGGGUUGGGGCAGGACCAAGAGUGUAGUAGGAAUAGAUACGAGCCUGAGGUGCAGAGGUGGGGCUCCAGGCCAGCCUGGGAACCAAAAGAAACAAAGGCUGAAGCUGCUGGUUAAAGGGCUUAGUGCCUGAUGGAGCUAUGCAGAGGACAGAGUGGAAGUACGUGGAGUAGCUGCGGGAGUGGGGUGCAGCCGCAGGGGUGUGGAGUAGCUGCGGGAGAGGAGUAUAGCACCAGGGGUGUGGAGUAGCUGCGGAAGAGGAGUAUAGCACCAGGGGUGUGGAGUAGCUGCGGGAGUGGGGUGCAGCCGCAGGGGUGUGGAGUAGCUGCAGGAGUAGGGAGAGGCUGUGUCGAGGGAAUAACAAGAGGCACCAGACAAGGAAGUUAGAGGGCCUGAGGGCUGUAAGACCCAGCGUGGUCCAAGUCUCUUCUGAGCCUCAGCACCUCACCUACAAUAGGCAGCUGUAUGGAGAAAAGCGCCCUUGCCCUGUUUAGUCUGCACCUGCCACUGAGAAAGUGGGAGCCCCCUCCAUGCUGCAGCCCCAGAUCUUUCAGGUCAGGCUCUGGCAGGGCCCCAUCAGUGUGCCCUCUAUGGUAGAGAGGAAAAAUAGCCUGCCUGCCUCCCUCUCCUCCCUCCUCUUCCUCUCCUCUUUCUCUCUCCCUCCUCUCUCCCUCCCCUCCUUCGUUCACUCAUUCAGAAAACAUUAGCUAAGUGGCUCCAGAUGCUGUGUUCACACAGUUGGAGGUUCUGUGUGAGCAUCCUUGGGACCCUGGAGAUGAGUGGGAAAACAGCACUGAAGAUCCAGGCAGAGGCCCAGCGCAGGUCUUGGGGGUAGAGCUGGCCUUCGGGAAGACCUCAGGGCUGAAUAUGGGGGGAUAGUUGACUACAGAGGAGAAGAUGAGGAAGUUAUGGUCUGUCUUCUUUGUGCAGUACUAUGUGGCCACCAGAGCUGAUGGGCAAGAUAAGGACUGCAGACCGUGUGGCCAGGCAGUGGAGAGGCACUUGGCCAGGGUUUCUGCAGAGCUGCCCUGAGGCCAGCAGUCAUUACAUAAAUGCAUGGGAGAUGGCAGGGAUGGGCAGGAAUGAGAUGUGGUGUUGAUGUGAUUUAAGGUUUCUUUAAAAAUUAUUUCCCUUAAUGUGACUAGUAUUGAUUUCUUUUACAAAUAAAGUAGGAGUACAUAGAGUAUGCCCAUUGGAAGGUAGUUUUCUUCCUUUCUGGGUGUAUUUGUGGUGAGUUGGUUGAUGGUUUCCUAGAGUUCUGAUGUCUCAAUCCUUUAAUAAACCUGUCAGCCUGCAGCGACAGUGGUGGCCUGACUAAAUGACACCAACAGCAAGAAAAGGAAAACAGGAAGGGUGCUUUGACAGUCUAAAUACCCACCAAGUCAGAGGCGACGCACAAACAGGGCUGCUCUGGCUGAGGACAUCUGGUUUCAGCGCUGGUGGAGUAAGUGUGAUUUCUUUCCACUGAGACAGUGCUUCACAUGUGCAGGGUCUCAGCCCUGCAGUCACCCCUCCCGUCCUCAGCCCCUAUGGCUCUGACAUUUCUAUUCUUGAUUUCUGGGUUUUGUUCUUGAAGAAUCAGUGGGGUGAAAGGACCAGGCUGUGCAGGCUCGGGGAGCAGUGGAGGACAGUGCUCCCUGGGAACUAGCACCCACUGUGUGCCGCUCUGAGUGGCCUCUUUCACAAUUGAAUUAUUAUUGAGUUUAUGGUUUUGGUGAAAGAAACUAACUGGAAACAUUUCAAGUUGCUUAUAAAUUGCAAAUUCCAAUCUAUUCAUAUACUCUCGUAGCUACCAGAAUAUUCCUUACCAAUUCAUCCCUGAAUGCAGAGGAGUGCUGGAUGACCAGGAAAUUGGGGUGAGGGUAUGGGUGUGAGCCAGGGAAUUGGGGCCACUGCACAACCUGGCAUUCCUCCUGGCAAGCCAGGGGCAGGUUCCCACCACACUCACUGUGUGGGUCUGUCUGACUUUCUGUGUGUGUCUCCUGCCGUCAUUCCUCCUCUGUGAUCUCUUUCCAGCUCUGAUGCUGUUCCUUCCCUUCCCAAAAUUCGUAUCACGAUCUGCAUGAUCCAGUUUGCAUACAGUAGAUACAUCUAAAAUGUUCUGCCAUAUAAAAGUAGGAGGUGGUUUUUGGUUUUGGUUCCUAUGUAAAAGUAUUUAAUGUCCCUGGCCACUGUGAAUAGUGACAGAUAAUACACUUUGCACAGAUUAUAUUUCCAAAAGAAAGGCAUUUUUUUUACUGCCUUUCCUGUUAGUAAUGAUAUCAUUACAUUAAUCACAACAAACCACUCUCAUGUCUGUACACUUCUGUGAUCAGUGGGAACAGAAACAUCCAGCAGUUUAUGUCCCUUGCCUCUUGUACUCUGCUUGGCUCAUGAUAAGCCUGAACAGAGCCUGAGCCUGUUGCCUGUCCCCAUCCACGUUCUUGGGGGUGGGGGCCCAUCUCAGGGAGGGUGACGCAGGUGCCAAGGGUCUUCCUCGUGUGCAUUAAGGAAGGCAGAGCCGGGUCCGAUGGACUGCACGCCGGCAGUCUCCUUCAGAGCACCGUCUGGUUUCCACCUCUGGAAGCCGCCUCCUGACACUGUCAUCCUGAACUCUUCUCCUUUAACGCAUUUGAACGGCUGUUCCUGGUCCGGGUGGGGGCGGGGUGGGAGUCGGGAAACUGCAGCCAAACAAGAUGGGGCUCCUCAUGCAGGAGGCACUGUGCCCACACGCCCACCUCUGGCCUGUCGCCUACCUCUGGCCUGUCGGAUGCUCCCUGAGUGCCUGCCCUGUGCUGGCGCCCAGUGGCUGCAGGGCGCGUGAGCCGGAAGUGGGGGACUCUGAGGUUUGAAGUCCUCAAUACACAGUCACAUUGCCUGUAGAACUUGAGCAAAAUAGACAUUUUCGAUUUCAUCUGCCUUUUACCUUCUCAGUUAACCUUAAAUAAACUUUGUUUCCUCUAAAAUGUUUUCUGUUUUUUUGGAAGACUUUCAAUGAUGUGGGAAAAUACUUCAAAAGGACGUGAAGUAGUGUUUUUCCGUCUGCUGUUUGCUGUGUGUCUGUAUUUUAAGCCCUGAUUCUCUGCAGAGGAGCAGCCAGCAUGCUGGAAGCCUCUGGCUGCUGGCCUGCAGUGGUGACAGUUGUGAACAAAGGGAGGGAGCCCUGAACCAGGUGCAAACCCAAGGGGGAUGUUUUAUUAAUUCCUUUGAUCUGUCCUAGGCAAAAAAUCAUGAGGUCACAGAAUCUUAGGGCUGGACCUAAACAAACAGAAGCUUUGCAACAUUUUAAACUAUUUCUGGUAAUUAUAUUUUUUUAGCAGUGUUUUUUUUAUUAUUUGGGGACUGUCGCAUGUGUUUUGGGCCCGUGCAAGGCUUCAUAUUGCUAGUGGGGAAAAGGGGGAACACGAUAUUUCAGUCUCCUAGGACAGCCCUAACAAAGUCCUGUACAAUAAGUGGCUUACAAAUAGCAAAAACUUAUUUUUCCCACAGUUCUAGAGGCCAAGGUCCCAAAUCAGAGUUUCAGCAGGGCUGGCUCUUUCUGGAGACCUCAAGGGGGAAUUAGUAAUUGUUUAUGAUAUUCUUUCAAGUCUUUUAAAGCAGCAGUUGUCUUUUUAGUUAUUUUUCCCUUUUCAUUCUAUUUUAUGGGGUACCUUUUCUUUCCUUUUUUUCUUAAUUCAUUUUGCUGUUGUCUUUGCUGUUAUCUCUGCUGUUAUCUUACCAUUAAUAUUAAUAUCUCAAGGAAAAAAAAUGUGAAAGCCUCUGAGAGCUGAAUGGAAUCUUUGGGGCACCCGGGCCCAGACCCCUGUGUGUCUGCAGCCUCCACAGCCAGGCCCUGCGUCACCCAAAAGCCUCAGGGCGUGAGGCGAGCUCUGCCCAGCGUGCCCGCCCACAGGCUUCUGUGUGGAGGAGCCCAUGGUACGGGAAACAGGCAGGGUGCGGGUUUCCCAAGAUUUAGUAAGAAACAGCAGCCAAGUGGUGGGAGGAAGUGCACAGGGCUGAUUUCCACAAAAGGAAUCUGAUGCUGUGGUUCAACAGUUUAUUUUGUCUUUAGAGUAUGUGCCCUUGGAAUCAAAGCAACACAGCCACACUCUAAAUCACUGUCAAAGGUAGUAAUAGAAGUUAAAAAAAAGUGGGGGGGGG